AUGAAAACGAAAAGCAAACCUCCCCGCUCUCUCGUAGUCCUUUCCUGCAUAGUAGAUAGUUGCUUUUCAUUCAUUAAUACAACUUUUGUUUCUUUCUCUUUUCCUUUCUUUCUAUCUUUUCAUUACUUGCUCUUUCAGUCAUUUAUACAAACUUUAUUUAUUUUUUCCAUUUUUUUCUUUCUUUUUCUUUUUCUUUAUUUAUGUCCUUCUUUCUUUCGUUUUUUUGCUCGUUCAUUAAUAUAUACAAAUUUCCUUUGUUGGUUUAUUUUUUAUAUUUUUUUCAUUUUUCUUUCUUUCUUUCUUUCUUUCUUUGCAUUAUUUGAUCAUUCAUUCAUUACUACAAACUUACUUCGUGUUUUCUUUUUUCUUUCUUUCUUUCCUUCUUUCUCUUUUUCUUUCUUUCUUUCUUUCUUGCGAUUACUUGAUCAUUUAUUCAUCAAUACAAUCUUCAUUUGUUUGUGUUUUCUUCUUUCUUUUUUUCUUUCUUUCUUUCUUUCUUUCUUUACUUGCUCAUUUAUACAAUCAAUUUAUACAACCUUCGUUUGUUACUUUCUUUAUCUUUUCUUCUUUUCAUUCCUUCAUUCUUUCUUUAGUUACUUCUUUAUUUAUUUAAAUUAA